ACGUCAGUGGUAGCCACGCUGCCGGUUGGCUACUAGCUCUGGCUGCAUGUAAACCUGAUGUAAACCCAUAUACUGUCUAUGUGUAAACCCCGGGACAGGCAGUGAAUGAAAGAUAACUGAAGAAAUAUUCCCACAACAUCACACUUCCAUUUUUUUUUCCUUGAGCUGCAAUGUCUACUAAAUUAUUUUCUAUAAACAACACCGUUUUCAAAUGUUUGAAAACUCUCCAAGACCGCUCGGCUCGAGGGUUUAGCAUUGGAGCUGCUUCCCUUGGCUCAGUAAAUUUAAAGGGUCGCAGCUGUCUCACUCUGAAAGACUUCAGCUCAGAGGAAAUCAAGAGGCUGUUGUGGGUGUCAGGGGAUCUGAAACUUCGGAUCAAGCAGGAAAAACAGUAUCUUCCUCUUCUGCAAGGAAAGUCGAUUGCUAUGAUAUUUGAGAAGAGGAGCACCAGAACAAGAAUGUCCACAGAAACAGGUUUUGCUUUGCUGGGUGGGCACCCCUGUUUCCUCACCUCUCAGGACAUCCACCUGGGAGUGAAUGAGAGUGGCACAGACACAGCAAGGGUUCUCUCAGGACUCUGCGAUAUUGUCUUGGCACGAGUGUAUAGCCAUUCCACGCUGGAGGAGCUGGAUAAGGAGGCCUCCAUCCCCAUCAUUAACGGUCUGUCUGACCUCUACCACCCGAUCCAGAUUCUAGCUGACUUCCUCACCUUACAGGAGCAUUAUGGGUCCCUUAGUGGACUAACAGUGAGCUGGAUUGGAGAUGGAAACAACGUCCUCCACUCUUUCAUGAUGACUGCAGCUAAAUUGGGAGUUCAUCUUAAGAUUGCUACACCAAAGGGCUAUGAGCCAGAAAAGAGUGUUAUACAAGAAGCACAAAGACUCUCCAAAGAGCAUGGUACCCAGCUUGUUCUGACCUCUGACCCGAUGGAGGCCGCCCACGGCAGCAAUGUUUUGGUCACUGACACCUGGGUCAGCAUGGGACAAGAGGAGGAGAAGAAAAAGAGGCUCAAAGACUUUAAAGGUUACCAGAUUACAUUGCAGACAGGAAGUGUGGCCAAACCAGACUGGACCUUCCUGCAUUGUCUCCCCCGGAAAAUGGAGGAGGUGGAUGACCAGGUAUUCUACUCACCCCGCUCCCUUGUCUUCCCAGAGGCAGAGAACAGAAAGUGGACAAUUAUGGGUCUGAUGGUGUCUCUUCUGACUGACUACACUCCACAGAUCCCCAUGCUCAAGUUUUAACUUCAGGUCAUAAGGCGCAGUUUUACAUGUGUGUCGUGACGUAUGACAGUCUUACUGCAGGUGUCUCUGCAUUGUUCAAUUUCAAGUUCAAUCAUUGAUAGCACUAUCACAACACUAGAUGGAUUACCCAAAAGUAAUUGUUUACAUUGUUUAAUUCACGUUCUGAUUUAGAGCAUGGAUGGCCUUGUUUUCCUUGUCUCACUGUUCACAUUCUACAUUUACUAAUAGAGAGCGAGGGUUGUGGCGAGCAUGAGUUUUACAGUGUAAAUGUCUUUGCUACUGAAAAGGAAAAAGAUUACUGAGCCUUUCUUCAACUUGUUUAAUGUUGUCUUGACUUCACAACAUUCUCAAAGAUAAUCGGAAACUUGAAGGAGAAAACGCAAUCAGCCCGAGCUGACCAAUUGCAUUCCUUGCAGUCUCCACAUGGUAUUUACAGUACAUAGCCGCUGUAACCACGACAUGUAGUCACGUUUUUGAGGAAAUGAACAUCGGCUGCUGUGCCAAGCCCAUUAAAUGCAUAUUUAUAAAUCCUGAUUUACUGCUAAA